AUGAUAUAUCAAUCAAUUCGACUAUUUGCCACUUCCUCGUCCCCAUCUUCCUUUGCUAAUCAAAACUACUACCAACUACUAGAACUACCCACAAAUGCCACAAUCAAAGAAAUCAAACUACAAUUCAAGAAACUAUCCAAGAAAUACCAUCCUGAUUUAAACCAGCACUUGGAUGCAGAAGCCAAGCAAGAGAAUAAUUCAAAAUACGUAGCCAUGGUUAAUGCUUACGAUACACUUAAAGAUAUCAAAAAGAAACGAGCCUAUGAUCAAUCAUCAAGCACCGGAGGUGGUUUCUCCUCCUCUAACUCCAACCGCCGAUCAAAUGAAUACAACAAAUACUACGGUGAAGCCAAAUAUUAUUCCCGUAGUGGAAAAUCAACAUAUUCAGCCUCGGGGUUAAACACUAAACGACAUAAAGUCAAAUACCAACAUAGUGGAUCAACAGGUGCAAACCAACUGCGGUUUUCCGGUGAGCAUAUAAACCAUGGUGAUAAGUAUGAUGUACCUCAUUUCGAUUAUGAUAAGCAUUUAAAUCGAAAUUUGCGAUUUGAACAACGCAUUAUUGAUAAAUAUAUGGAUCCAGCUACGAGAGAUCGGAUUUUGAGUCAAUUGCAAAGUUCAGGCGAACAUAUUUCUGAAGAAUUGAAAACUAAACAUUUGUUACGUCAUGUGAAGAUGAUUAAACCGGGGUAUGAGUCAGGCGGUAAUGGAGAGGUACCUAGUAGUGGUGGUUAUGGUAGUGCUAGUGCUGGUAGUGCUGGUAGUGCUGGUACCAAUGGGGGACCCACCUCUAGCAGCACCGGAGGACCAAAUGCUAGUGGAUAUAGAACCAACUAUGGUGCUCCUAAAUAUACCCAUAACGUCAAGUACGGUCAAAGUACAAAUUAUCAAGGUGCAGCCACAUAUCAAAACUUGUAUCAGAAACCCAAAACAUCAAACUAUGGAUACAAUUCCACCAAUGAUAAUGACGAUCAAGGUGGAGUUGCCAAAUUAUUUACUGCCUUGGGCGCUGGUACUUCAUUAUAUAUUCUUUAUAAAAUCAUAUUCUAG